GCAAGAUGAAAUGGGAGAGGGUGAUUGUACAGUGCUCGUGACACGUGCGUCUUACGCAUAGAAAUAACAAGCUGACGCGCAUGUGAGCGCUAUGUUAAAUGCAUUGACACGGCAUACCGUAAAUUUCCUUCGUCGCGAUAUCAUUAACGUGCGGCGGAGGUACGGGGUAACGCGAACGGAACGCGAGAGAGCGUGGAGGAGGACCGGGAUGGGCGACGAACCGCCGCCGUCGCGGGACGACCCGGUGGUCAUGAGGCUCGACAGCCCGGAGUUCCGCUCCGUCUUCACCCCGGAGCUGCGGUGCCUCGCGGGCCUGUUCAGGAAGCACAACUACGAGCUGCGGAUCGCCGGCGGCGCGGUGCGCGACAUCCUCACGGGCGUGCGGCCCAAGGACCUGGACUUCGCGACCGACGCCACGCCGCAGCAGAUGCGGGAGAUGUUCGCGCGGGAGGCGGUCAGGAUGAUAAACGAGAAGGGCGAGAGGCACGGGACGAUCACGGCGAGGAUAAACGACGCGGAGAACUUCGAGAUCACCACCCUGAGAAUCGACGUGCUGACCGACGGCCGGCACGCCCAGGUGGAGUUCACCAAGGACUGGAAGCUGGACGCCAACAGGCGGGAUCUGACCAUCAACUCCAUGUUCCUCGACCUCGACGGCCGGGUGUACGAUUAUUUCUACGGCUACGACGACCUCAAGAACAAGAGGAUCGUUUUUGUCGGCGACGCUGGUGUCAGGAUAUGCGAGGAUUACCUUCGAAUCUUAAGGUACUUCCGUUUUUACGGGAGAAUAAUGGACAAGCCGGAUCAGCACGACGAGGCUACGAUAAAGGCGUUGAGGGAGAACAUCGACGGCCUGAAGCAGAUAUCCGGCGAGCGGAUCUGGAACGAAUGGAGCAAGAUCCUAGCCGGCAACUACGCCCUGGAACUGACCCUGAAGCUGCUCGAGUGCGGUAGCGGCAGGUACAUCGGUCUACCCGAGGAACCCGACGUGGAGAAUCUCCGUGAAGUUUAUCAGCGCGCGCGGACGAACGACGUGACCCUGAAGCCCAUAUCCUUGAUCGUGUCGAUGCUGAAGGACGAACGCGAGGUGGUCAAGUUGCACGAGAGACUGAAGCUGUCCAAGUCCGACAGAGAUCUGGCGCUCUUCCUGGUCCAGCAUCGGGAGGACAAGCCCUGCGAGAGACCGCUGCGACCCUAUCAGCAGCUGGUGCUCCUUCAGCAAACGAAGAGGUACGACGUCCUUCAGGAGUACGUGAGGGAGCUGUUGAGAUAUCGCGGCGCGAUGCAGCUGCUGGACGAAUUCGAACGAUGGGCAAUCCCGAGGUUUCCCGUCACCGGCAGCAUGCUGAUGAAACACGUGCCGACGCAGAAGGUGAUCGGCAGAGUCUUGAACGAAUUGAAGAGGAUGUGGAUCGACGCGAACUUUGAGCUCACCGGCGAGCAGCUUAUGGAGCAUGUACCGAGUAUAGUCAGUGAAUUAGAAGAGAAACAUCAAACGCUAGAAAAAGAGAGAAAGAAGUUCAAAAAGAUGAAAUAAAUAUUUUCGAAGUAGCGAUGUAGCUUUGUGUGUAUGUACCUGUGUCAAACACUAUUUGUCACUUUAUAAAUAGACGUUCGCAAAAUGUAAAAGUCUAAAUGUCUAAAAGUAGGUUAAUUAUUUUUAGACCAAAUAAUCUAGAUAGUAUAAUUUAUUAUUGUCACUACUAAAUAAUCUAUGAAAAAGAUGAAGCGAU